CUGGCGUCGAACCUCGGGACGGUUUCGGCCCAGACGCUGGCGUCUCUGGGCAACGCCAGCUCGGGUCUGAGCAACGGCCAGAUCGGCUCGGCCUCCCCCUCGGUGCUGCUGACCUCCCUGCCCACGCUGAGCUCGGUGAGCGGCUGGAGCCAGGGCCAGGCCUCCAUCAUCGUGGGGGUCAUCACGGCCGGCGGGUUCCAGGCCGACCGGGCGCCCGCCCUGGCCUCGCUGGGCUCGCUGGUGGCCGGCCUCCCGGCCGCCGCCAUGCAGGAGGUCCCCGCCUCCGAGCUGCUCAACGUGUCCCGGAGCCCCGCCUUCGUGUCCAACAUGCUGACCGCGCCCAGCGUCCUGCAGGAGACCUUCGUCAAAAAGAUCAUUUCUGUGGACGCCAGUCCGGUCCAGGUGGUCCAGAACGUCCCGGACGCCAUGGCGACGCAGAUCCCCCCCCGCCUGCUGGCGUUCCCGGGGGAGAACGCCGACAUCAGCGUGAUGAACAGAAAGACCUGGACGUCCAGCCAGGGCCUGAGCGGCUCGGCGCUCUCCAGGGACCAGGUGGAGCUCCUGGGGAACAUGGCCUGCACCCUGGAGGGACCCGUCAUCGAGGGCUCCGACUCGCUGAUCCUGGAGAAGCUCAAGACCUGCAGCGGCCUCUCAGAAGUCCAGGUUUCUGCAGUGGAGAAGCUGCUGCUGUCUGGAAACACGAAAUACGGGGAUCCUUCCACCUGGGAGAGGAAAACUCUGGAGGAGCUGGAGAACCUUCCUCUCUACUUCACCAGAGACAUCUGGGACAAAAUCCGUUUUUCAGUUAAGAAAAGGUUCCUCAAGAGAUUCAUGCCCAAGCUGAGGAAGAAGAAGACGCAGAAGAAGAAACUGAAGGCGCUGUUUAAAACGAUGAGGCCCACGAGGAGCAAGCGGGGAGCAGGCUGCACCGUGGGCAACAUCACCCAGCUGACGGUGAACGACGACUCCUUCCCCUUCGGCUACGACGCCGCGCAGUUCGACCUCUGCCUGGACCUCCCCGUUCUGCGAGACAACCUCGACUCCAUCUGCGAGAAGGUGGACGACGACGACCUCCAGAGAGUCGUCCUGAAGAAACUCAACCAGGCUUUCCCAUCAGGGGUUUCUGAUCAGGAAGUCCAGAUGCUCGGCUCUGUGUCCCGCGUGGCGUCUCUGGACGACAUCUCCAAGUGGAACGUCACUCAGAUCGACACCCUGGCAGCUCUCAUGAAAACCGAAGAUGGGACCUGGGAGGCGGCUCAGAGCAAGGAAAUCAUCACCAAGUACCUGAACAGCUCCGGGAGCUCCCUGGGAAGCACGGAGCUGAACAUCAUUGACUCCAACCUUUGCUCUCUGGACACCAGCACGCUGAGGACCAUCAGCUCAGAUAGCAUCAGAGAUGCCGACCCUCUGAAUGUGGAGUCGUGUUCCACUGAGCAGAAAAAAGUCCUCUAUGAGAUCAGCAACACCUCCUUCAGCGCACAGCGAGACAGUUCCGAUGACUUCUACAACCUAAUUAGACCUUAUCUGGGCGGGGCACCAAAGACGGACAUAGUGGGACUGUCAACGCAGAACAUCAGCAUGGAUGUCGACACCUUCAGGAGUUUGGAGCCUAACGUCAUCAACGAUCUGAGUGUGACCGAUGUCCAAGGUCUCGUGGGUGACCACGUUCCGGAUCUGAAACUGUUUGAGAACGACACGGUGAUCCAGACCUGGGUGAACCUGCAGCGUCAGUCGGACCUGGACCUGCUGGGCGUCGGCCUCAUCAGCAACCGGACCGACCCGACCACCACCACCGCGCCCGGGGGCGCCCAGACCAACCCCGGGGCCGCCACAGCCCAGGGUAAAAACACUCAUCCUUAG